AAUCAGAUGUUGAAUAUGGUGAAUUUAAUGAUUUUGGUUUGUCAGAUGCAUUACAUGAUUCUACAUUUAAUUAUGAAUUUCUCCAAUUUAUUCAGAAAAGCCAAAAUUGUAAUUCUUUAGAUUUGAUGGAACUUCGAUCCAAGAAACAACAGCAAGCAAAAUCAAGUUCUAAAUCAAAUUUGAAUCAAGACAAUUUCGAUAAUGAUGAUAAAUAUGAAGAAAAAGCAAAUAAAUUGGUUGAAAAUUUAUUUGGCUAA